CAAAUGGGAAACUGAGGCCUUCUUUGGACAUGUGAAAGCCAGCAGAGUGAGUAGAGCAGAUGAGAAAACAGAGUGAAGUUUGAGUGAACCAUUCAUCAUCCGAUUUGCCUCAAGAUACCUGUUCUUUACUCUUUGUUUCUGGAAGUUAAGGCUUCAUCCGAGAGCCAUGGCGCUGAAACUGGCAUGUUCCAUGGUUCUUGUGUUUGUCUCCUUGGCCAAUGAUGGUGAGUUCAUGGCCGGCGAUGAUGAGUGUAACAGCGCAGAGUCCGAAGCUUGCACCUUGAGCACCUUGCAAUUGAAGCGACAGCAAGUGCAGCAAGAAGAGGGCUGCCACGAUAUCAGAGAAGGUGAAGGUGGUCCUUGUUGGGAAGCCAUCAUGUGGGCCAAGAAUGCGGGCAUGCCCAAUCAUCCCAACUGGUAUCCGGGGAUGACCGAAGACUCUCCAUUGUCUGCAUUUCAAUUUGUCUCCUGGAACACCACACAUCCCAAGUGCCCCAGGCCUUGCAAUGUGCCAGCGCCAGGCACCUGGUGUCGCAAUGCUCAACCUCCCGCCUUGUGGCGCCCGGCUGCAGGACCCAGCAUCAACAUCAAGGCGCUGUCCUACAACCUCUUCUGGUGGCAUUUGUUCAAGGUCGAGUGUGGCCGGGGCGGCAGCGCCGGACAUUUGAUCCGAAGCACCUCGCAACCUCCAUACGACGUCAUGGGGUUCCAGGAAUGUGAAGACCCUGAACGGGUGCUGGGGCCAGCGGGCCUCCUGCAGGAGUACGAAAUCUUCCAAGGAAACCAUGCCAUUUGUAUGGCAUAUCGGAAGGACACGUGGGCCUUGAUGAUCAAAGGCGAGACGGAUGUAGCUGAGGACAUGCGCACAGAGUACUACGGCACUCGCGGGACGCAGUGGAUGCGCCUGCAACACAAGGCCAGUGGGCGGCAUUUGUUCUUUGUGAAUCAUCACGGACCGUUGUCAGUCAACUCUGGUGGUCUUUGUGGUGGUGAAGCUACUGCCUACAACAUCCUACAGAUCAUGGCCAAGAAUGCCCAAGUGGGCGAUGUCCUGAUGUUGGUAGGAGACUUCAAUGCCAAUGCAGCCUCGAGAACACUUCAGUCCCUCUGGGGCCAUCUCACUCCUGUGUACAACUCCAAAUCCUUUGGCGGGGUGGACAACAUCCUGGCCAAUGUUGGAAAGUCAGAUGUUCUGAUCGGAGAGGAAAUCGGCUCCGGUGGCAGCGACCACCAAGCAAUCUCUGCGGUUAUCACUGUUGGAGAUGAUACCUCAGCUGGUCCCUCCGCAAGGAAAGCAAAGUCCUUGCACUUGCCAUGUCAGACCCCGGCACAGGGAUCCACUUGCUGGAAUGAAGUUCAAUGGGCCAUGACGAAUGGCAUUCAAAGCCAUCCUGAGUGGUAUCCAGGCCUCACAGCCAACAGUCCCCGAGAGCAGUUUCAGGAGGUGGUCCAUCAAAGCAGUGGGAAAUGUCCUUUACCUUGCGGAGUCCUUGGUGCUAGCCUGGGAUCAUCCUCAGCUUUGGGCGCCAGCUUCUCGGUGGCCGUGUUGCACGAAGCUCGAGGCUCCGAGGGCUGUCUACUGGAACCUCAGACAGAAUAUGAGGUGGAUGGCUGGAGCGAGGUCCGAAAGGGCGUGGCCGAUCCACGUGUUUGCUGCCAACUCUGCCAAGAUCAUGGUGGCUGUAGGGCAUGGCUUUGGUCCGAGUGGUCUGAUGCAGCCCAUGGCAUGGCAUGUAUCCUGAAAGGGGGACAGGUGAAAAGCAAGAGAUACAAGGAUGGCAGCGUGUCAGGCCUCCCAAAAUCAGAGGCCAUCAAAGAAGCAGAAAUGGCAGUGGCCAAGACGGCGUGAGAAACGACACUUGGGCGAAGCCCAUGGCGUGAGACAUUUUUGUGCAAAGUUUCCAGACUUUGUGCAGUCGCACCAACUGGUGGGCUGUGCUGUUGGUUUAAUCCGACAGAAAAUCGUGACUAUCCGCACAAAAGUAUGUGUACAUUGC